UUAAAAAAAAAAAAAAAAAAAAAUCAAAUUUUGGCCAAGACAGGGUCUCGCACAGAGCGGACGAGAUCGAGAACCGGUUCUGAAUAUUUCGGACCAAUUCGAGGUCGUCAUCGGAGUCGGAAUCGGCGGAGUAGUAUCCGUUGGCGGCGGAGGUGGAGGGAUUGUCGAGGUCGUUAGGGUUUCUUCUGGUGAUCACGCAGGCUCGCCCCAGGGCUUCCAUGUCCUCGUCCAAAUCGUUCUCGUCUUCGCUCCCGGAGAGAAUGGGAAUGGAGCAAGGCAAAUUGAAUUCCGAAAUAGAGGAGAAAAUUUACCAGAUAUAUAAGGAUUUUUUGUUGAGGGUUACGAAGUUUGAGGAAUUAGUGGCUGUAGGAGCCGGGUUACUUGCUGGCUUUCAGCAAGGGCUGGAGUAUCUUCGGCGGUGUCCGAUAGACAGAACAUCUGAGUUGGUUAAGAAGAUCGUUGAAGCUAAUGGAACAAAGAGAGUUAAAUCAUAUUUUGAUGCUGGAUGUAUCAAUGCCCAUGAUGGUGUACAAAAUAUAAGCAAGUUGCAAACAUGCAAACUUGGACUUCUUGACCACUUAAGUAAAGCAAAUAGCAUGCUUAGUGGAGUUGAAUCCCUCCUGGAGGAUGUAACUGGUGCAAUGCAAAAUUUCAAUGGUACUUUAUCACCCAUUAAUGAUGAAGAUUUUGGUGAUCGGUUGAAUGAACAAGCAACUGCUAAUACCAAGGAAGUGGCAUCAUCUCAACUUCAAAGACUAACUGAUUAUGCUGCCCUGAUGGGGAUUGUGUACUGUAUGGUUAAACAAGACUAUGUGAUGCAGGAAAAAAUUGUUUCUGCUCUAAAUUUCAAGGCAUCAUCAGUAGAAUUGGAGAGCUACUGCCUAAUGUGGUCUUUGCGUCCUUUUGUGAAUGAUGAAAUUAUGCACCAAGCUUGGAAACUCAUUCCUUGACCGUCGCGGGCUUCAGCCAUAUUUCCGGCUGACCAAACUAUAUUUUGGAAAGGGGAACGUGCUCCAUCACAGCAGGAUAUCAAACACGAGAAUAGACAGGAUCGAGAUGAACAUAAUAAUGGCUGGUGAGUGGAGAACAUAUGAAAUUGAAGAUACAUCUGUUAGGACGGUGCAGAUUGAAGUUAGUAGAUAAUUUAUGUCUAAAUAAAACCAAAUAGAUAAUGAAGUAGCACCUCUUUUUUUUCAUCUACCCAAAGACAACACAAUUUACCUGAUUUCGAAUUUUACUUUAGAAGAGUUGGCUUGAGUUUUGGGGGUAUUUAAUUCGUGUAUGCCCUGUGGAAUUGAAGCUGAUUUCUCCAGAUAAGACCUUGUGACCUUCUUGACCACAUCCAAUCCUAGAGUGCUACAGAAAAAGAGUUUAAACUCUAGUAUAAAUAUAUUAUUAUUAUUAUUUUUUUUGGCAAAGAUUACAAUGGGGAUUUGAAGGAAGAUCAAAAUCCUGGCACACGGCCUAAGACCUUUGGCUAAGAGCUUGUUUGGAAUUACGGUGAGAAAUAGAGCUUUUGUCUAUAGGAUUUUUGUCUGAGCUUUUGGGUGUCAAAUGGACACUUUUCUCUUGAAACGGGCUUUUUGGGUGUCAAACGCACACCCAAACAAGCCCCAAGUGCAUGGCUAACACACAUUUGUAAGAACAGUUCCAUAUUUAAUUAUGACAAAUAGAAUUGUAGGUUUUGCUUACCGGGAAAACAAUAAAAUUACCAUCGUUUUUUAUU